AUAUAGAUAUAUACAUACAUAUGUGGAGUCGGGUCGGAACGGGUCGGUCGUACAUAUUUUGCAAUAUCUUGUGCGUCAACAACAGCAACAACAUCCGUUCUAUGAACGUGACCCCCGCGCAUUAAAAUAAAUUCUAAUUUGUGGAAGAAAGAGCAGCGAAAAUGUUUUGUUAUUGUUAUUGCGAAGAAGUGUCGUGUGUGUGAGUGUUCUAGUGUCUGCUUGUAUGAGUGUGUGUGUGUGUACGGGGCAAUAUUUUAUUAUGAGUGCGUGUGUCUGCCCAUUGUGCUCAUGUGUAUUUGUUUAAUUUAUAUCUAGAGUCUGAUAUAAAUAUUAAAAUAAAAAGAAAUACGUAUACAUGCCUAUGUGCAUAAAAUAUCAGAAGCAACAGGCAGCAAAACCAAAAGCAACAACUACCAGCCAAACGACAAAUUUUUGCAUUGUGUGAAACAUGUGACCAGUAUCUCUGCUGGCCAUCAGUCAAUCAAUCAGCAGACCGCAGCCCAAAAAUGUUUCAAUUAUGUUAUCGCCAGCAACAACGACAUCGUCCAGAAUCGAAACCAUCGAACCAGAGCAGAACCAGCAGAACCAGCAGCAACCACAAGAAGGCAGCAGCACUGCCAAGGCCAAAAGCGUUGGUGGAGCGAGCAGCGUAAGCCGUGCCAUCGAAAUCCCGGCAAUCCCAGCAAUCCUCCGCAGAGCAAGGACACUCACAGAGAGGAGACUAAAACCGAAAUCACAAGGCAACCAAGAGCAAUUUAGCAUAGCAACCGCAAAGGAAUUGGCCAGGCAAUUGCAGCAAUCGGAGCAGCAACCAGAAGCAGGACUUCGCCAUGGGUUGUUCGCCGAGCACCCUGCCCGCCCCCUCCGCCUCCGCCUCGGCCGCCGGUGGCCAGUCCGCCGAGCGGGGAUCCCUGCCCCUGGACGCCUCUGAGAAGGACGAGAGCCGGCUGUUCUGCAUCAAGCUGCGCCGCAGUCGCCUGCGUCGCUGCAGCUGCGGCGGCGUGACCUUGCAGCCGCCCAGCGACGGCAACGGCAGCACCACCGGCGACAACCUCUGCGGCCAGGUGCUCCUCAAUCCGCUGCAGACCAAGAGCGAGGCCGACUACGAAAAGCUGAGCACCGGCAAAAAGGACUCGAUUGUGACGGUGGCCGCGCUGGGCAACUUCACACACAGCGUGGUGCGACGAGCCACUGGCAGUAAGUAG